ACCUUUUCUAAGCGACCAGGGGAGGGGGCGGGGGAACACGCCCCUGGAGCUAAUGCGCAAGCGCAAAUCGUUCCCAACUAGCGUCGGCCCUCAGGACGCAUGCGCGGGCGGCGGCGGGCCACCACGCAGUUUCCCGCCGGAAGUGCCGCGAGGGCCACAGAGAACCGGCUCGGCUCCCUGGCUAGAGUGGCGCGUUUCCUCCGCGACGGGGCGGGGGCGGCCAUCUUGGAAGACACAGAGUGUGAAAAUAGCGGCUCAGUGUCAUGGCCAGCAGCCUCAAUGAAGAUCCAGAAGGAAGCAGAAUCACGUAUGUGAAAGGCGACCUUUUUGCCUGCCCCAAGACAGACUCUCUAGCCCACUGUAUCAGUGAGGAUUGUCGCAUGGGCGCUGGGAUAGCUGUCCUCUUCAAGAAGAAAUUUGGAGGGGUGCAGGAGCUGUUAAAUCAACAGAAGAAGCCUGGAGAAGUGGCUGUCCUGAAGAGAGAAGGAAGAUACAUCUAUUACCUGAUCACAAAGAAAAGGGCUUCCCACAAGCCAACUUACGAGAACUUGCAGAAGAGCUUAGAGGCCAUGAAGUCCCAUUGUCUGAAGAAUGGAGUCACCGACCUUUCCAUGCCCAGGAUUGGAUGUGGUCUUGAUCGCCUGCAAUGGGAAAAUGUGUCUGCAAUAAUUGAGGAAGUAUUCGAGGCAACAGAUAUCAGAAUUACCGUGUACACACUAUGAACAAGUGGAGCACAUUUCGGAUGUGUCGGUGUCCUCUGGGGUCUUCCCUACUUGGCCAUAAUAAGACUUAAGGGGUGAGGAAGGCUUUCGCACAAAGCACUCAGGGUUAUAGAUUGGGCUGGGGUUGCUGCGUUCUUCUGUUUGGACUAGGACUGGAGGAGGGGUUUCUUGGGGCUGUUGCUGUGAUUGCUGCAGCAAGGUCAGGAGUAGGUGGCCUGAUGUUAGCCAGGAAAGCCAGACUGGAACCCACAGUAUGUUCUACUUCAAUAUAGUAGCAUUCAAUUCCUUGGCUGGCCCCUAGGUGGCAGCAUUGAUUUUUCUGAUAUUUGAAAGAAAUUUCUGGAGCACUGAACUUUGAGUUAGGGGGAUCUUGUCUGUGUGCUUACCUUGGUAUUAUUCUUAUGCACCAGCUUCAGGGGUUGCUUUGUUUUCAAUUACAAAAUGGAGCCUGACAUUGUUAACACGGAAUUUUUGGUGAUAAAAGUGGAAAAAUAAAACUUAGGAUUCAGUG